GAACAGUGUUUGGGUCCGCUGUUUUAUUGAAGAACCAUGUUACUGGAGGCCCUUGUCCCAGUAAGGCUAAAAUUCCAGGGAAGACAGUGGUCAUAACAGGAGCCAACACUGGGAUUGGUAAAGAGACAGCCAAAGAACUGGCCAAGAGAGGUACAGAGAAUUAGGCUACAUCAUAGCGACAACUAACCACUUAUUUUACGCAAGGGCUUAUUAGUAGGCUACAGAGCACCUAUUUAGACAAUGCAAUUAUAUUCCAUUUUGGUCACUGUGUAAGGGAUCUCGUCCUCCUCUUCUGAGGAGGACUAGCGAGAAGGAUCGGAGGAUCAAUUUGCAGCAUGAUGAACGUGGUACCUUCGGGCAUUUGGAAAUUGCUCCCAAGGAUGAACCAGACUUGUGGAGGUCUACAAUAUUUUUUCUAUAGUCUUGGCUGAUUUCUUUUGAUUUUCCCAUGAUGUCAAGCAAAGAGGCACUGAGUUUGAAGGUGGUCGAAUCAUUAUGGGGUGCAGGGAUAUGGAGAAAUGUGAGGCGGCUGCCAAAGAGAUCCGGGGGCAGACACUGAAUCCUCAUGUUUACGCACGCCACAUAGACCUGGCCUCCAUCAAAUCCAUCCGCCAGUUUGCAGAGAGUGUCAACCAAGAGGAAAAGCAUGUGGAUGUGCUGAUAAACAAUGCAGGCGUAAUGAGAUGUCCAGCAGGGAAGACAGAGGAUGGGUUUGACAUACAGUUUGGAGUGAACCAUUUAGGUCACUUCUUGCUGACCAAUCUGCUGCUGGAAAAGCUGAAGGACUCUGCCCCUAGCAGAGUGGUCAACCUGACCUCUCUCGCCCACAUCGUCGGGGAGAUCGAUUUCAACGACCUCAACUGGGACAAUAAGAAGUUUGACACCAAACGGGCCUACUGCCAAAGCAAACUCGCCAACGUUCUAUUCACAAGAGAACUGGCCCAAAGGCUAGAAGGUACUGGGGUCACUGUGAAUUGCCUACACCCUGGGGUUGUUGCCACAGAGCUGGGGAGACACACUGGCCUCCACCAAUCGCAGUUCUCCAGCUCAGUGCUCAGUCCGUUCUUCAGCCUCCUGGUGAAGGGGCCAGAGCUGGGGGCACAGCCUAGUGUCUAUCUGGCCGUGGCCGAGGAGUUGGAGGGGGUUACGGGCUGCUACUACGACGUCAUGAUAGAGAAGGAGCCAGCACCCAAGGCCCUCGACCAGGAGGUGUCCCGGAGGCUGUGGGAGGCCAGUGCCAGGCUGAUGGGGCUGGAGCAGGCAGCAUCAGCAGCAGUGCCAGCCUCCAAAUAGGGCCCAAGAGAAGCCCAGCACAGACCCAGACACAAAGAUCAUAGCCAAGCACUCACUGUCAGUGCUUGAGCAAACAGGAAUGAACCCUGGAGUAUGAGCCCUGAUAUGGAAAGAAGUCCUAGUGAAUGGUUGACUUUGCAUAGGUGCCAUUUUCUCUUGACAAGAGCAUGUACAAUAUGAAAUCGGAGCUAGCUGGAGAUUUCGAUUAUGGCUCGUGAGACAUAUGCAUAUGCUACAGACUAAUGCUUGAUUUCACCUGCUUGUCCAAUGUCCAUACAUCUGGAGAUGUUAUCGAGGCAAUGAUACAGAAGUGACUUGUCCAACAGCACAGUGAGUGUUGGCUUACAGCCAGAAGAGGACUGGCCACCCCACAUAGCCUGGUUUCUUCCUAGGUUUUGGCCUUUCUAGGGAGUUUUUCCUAGCCACCGUGCUUCUACACCUGCGUUGCUUGCUGUUUGGUGUUUUAGGCUGGGUUUCUGUACAGCACUUUGAGAUAUCAGCUGAUGUACGAAGGGCUAUAUAAAUACAUUUGAUUUUGAUUUGAUACAAUAGGUUCCAGAGGGAGCAGGUUUUCAUUCCAACCAAUGUCAAGUUAUAUUUUAAUGAAUAAUUAUGGAAACCUUUCAUGCCCAGAUACUCUUGAGAUGGAAAUCACUGUUAUUAAAACAGUUGUAAUGUGUUAUGAACUGAACACACAGGCUCAAGUUCAUUGCAUGUAUUGUAAUGAGUAAAGUAUAAUGUUGCCUCAUCUGGCCAUGACAAGGCUCAAGGGAAAUGGUUCCCCUGUCAUAUUAUUUUUUACAUUUUUAACAUUUAUUUAACUAGGCAAGUCUGUUAAGAAAAAAAUAUGAUUUACAGUGACGGCCUUCUCCGGACGACCACGGGCCAAUUGUGCGCCGUCCAAUGGGACUCCCAAUCACAGCUAGAUGUGAUACAGCCUGGAUUCGACCCUGGGACUGUAGUGGAGCCUCUUACACUGAGAUGCAGUGCCUUAGACCACUGCGCCACUCGGGAGAAGCAGUUGCUUAUCAUUGAUUAUACUAUUAUUCACUGAGCUAAUCUAACAAUACUAGAGUGAAAGUCGGAAUCAGAAAAGUGGAAACGCAAUAAUGAGAUACCUAGAGUCGCAUUAUAGAUCCCAAACUUUAAAAAUAUAUAUAUUCUCGGAUUUCUCCCACAAGACAUGAUUAAGAUAAGCACAUACUGUGGAAUCUGGAGCUGUAUUUAUGCUUUAACCCUGUCAUGUUUGUUUGGGCUGGUUUAUGUAUUAUUAAUCGUUUGUGAGGAAGAGGGUUAGCAUUCUACAGGCUUUGCUAGUGUUUUAAAAACUGUAAAAUGCCAAUUACCACCACCUGGUGGUGAGCUAUCAAACUAUGAGGGCAACACAUUUUGACCACUUAUGUAAUGAAGAAAAUGGAGACCAAAGAAAACAUUUCUUAACCCCCCCCCCCCACAGAGCUUCUGCAAGCUUUGACUGCAUACACCAAAAAUAUGUUACUUACAUGUCUUGAUGUUUUCCUGUAGCUGCAUUGUUGCUUUAUAACAACACAUCACCUCACUAUCUGGAGUCAGAAAACUGUUGAUAAAACUGUCCAGGCUGGCAUGCAUUAAUGGAGACUGUUGGCAUACACACAGCCUAAGUGCUUUGGAUAUAUUAGCCCUGAACUAUCUGAGGGAUCCAUUUCACAGGGCUCUUCCUGUCAAUAAAAUCCCUAAAUUCAGAUUGAGAGAAAGACAUCCACCAUCUGAAUGUACUCUGAUGAGCAUCGAUCCCUGGAAACUAAUACCGUUCACCAGCCAAAUCUGGUGUCAGUUUACCAGCAAUGACACUCCCUGGUGCCACCCUAAAAAGCUGAGGGUAAUGGGAGAUCAAGGGUUUUCCACAUCCCUCUGAUUUGGAAAAGCAGGUAAUGUUUUAUAAAGUGGAAUACCAGAAAGACUUUAACUUAUGGUUGUGAAGGGCCAUAAAAGAGACACUGUUAUUGCUCUCCCUAAACAUGCACAGAUACAUUUAGAUUAUAAAAAACAAAAUUAUAAUGGCCACCUAGAAUAUGGUGUUAUGGAAACACUUUUGACAAUGAAAACAAUGACCUUUUUGUUUCUGUAUCUUAUCUGAAGGUUCUGCAGUGAUUUAUUCAUUCUUGCCUUGUGGUAGAAUUUAGAAACAUGUCUAUCAUGUCUGUGUGAGCCUUGAGGCAUUUGUAUACUGAACAAAAAUGUAAACGCAACAUGUUUUGGUGCUAUGUUUCAUGACCUGAAAUAAAAGAUUACAGACAUUUUC